GUUUAACGGUCAGAGCAGAAGUCGCUGCUUGUAUAAAAGCAUUUACUAAAAUUAACGAAUUAUAACAUCUUAAUACUUAGCUUUUAUUUCAAACCAACGUUGUCAGGUAAAAUAAUUAUUUUAGACGACAUUUGUUACCUAACAUGUUUAAAACUGGUGAGUAUUCUCAAAUGUGAAACGAGCAGUCAUGUUCUUUAUAAAAACAUUAUAAGUUUUAAGUGUAGACAUGCACGUGCAGAUUUCACCUGAAUUCGCAGUAAAUCUUGUGAACGGUUUCUCCUUUAAAAUAAUAAAUACAGUGUUGUAUAUUUCUCUCUGUUGCUCUCAUAUGAUAACUGUGGUAAAUCAUAGUGAUGAGUGUGUUACUAUGGUAAAUGACUGUUGUCAAGCAGCAGCUGCGUCACGCUCCAGUCCAGCAGGUGGCGCAAACGCACCGCGUGUUAAAUAAAACAACCGAGGAAGAAAAGAGAAGUCGAGCAGCAAUGUUCAUCAUUAGAGAUGAGAUGGAUGAGAUGUGCUGUAAAUCAGUAGGAACUGAUCUGUCCAUGCUGGAUAUUGAUGAUUUGAUGACAGAAAUCUCUCAGCUGAAGAAAGAGGUGGUGUUACUGGAGUCAAAGCUCAGACAGAGAGAUGAACUCAACACAAAGGUUUUGGUGUUCAGCGUUGAGGUGUCACCAAAUUGGUCUUCUAAGUGGAUUAUGUCUAUAAUAAAAUGCUACAACAAAGUAAAAGAUGUAUCUGGUGUCUCUCUCUGUGGCUUCACUCAUCAAACAUCUACAGAGCUUCUGGAUUCUGUCUGUAAUGAUGAAGACCAGAAGACAUCAGUGAAUCUGCUGGACCGUAGGAUGGAUCAGACACAAGAAGUCACAGAAGCUGGAUCGCAGACAGAUGAAGAUGGUUUGAUUGAUUCAGAUCUGAUAGUGGCGAAGGAGGAAAUUCAAACUGGAGAAAAUCUUCACACGUGUGCUCAGUGUGGAAAGAGCUUUGUUCAUAAGUCUGACCUUAUUGUUCACAUGCAAAUUCACUUUGGAGAAAAGCCUUUUAAAUGUGAUCAAUGUGAAAAGAGCUUCAGUCGUAAAUGUGACCUUAAUGAGCACAUGACCAUUCACACCGGAGAAAAGCCUUACAGGUGUGAUCAGUGUGAAAAGAGCUUCAUUCGUAGGUCUGACCUCAAUGGGCACAUGAGCGUUCACACCGGAGAAAAACCUUACAGAUGUGAUUGGUGUGGAAAAGGCUUCACUCGCAAGUUUGGCCUUAAUGUGCACAUGAGAAAUCACACUGGAGAAAAGCCUUACAGUUGUGCUCAGUGUGAAAAGAGCUUCAUUCGUAAGUUCGAUCUCGAGGUACACAUGAGAAAUCACACUGGAGAAAAGCCUUACACGUGUACUCUGUGUGGAAAGAGUUUUAUUCGUAAGUCCGACCUUAAUGGGCACAUGAAAAAUCACACUGGAGAAAAGCCUUUCAGGUGCGAUCAGUGUGAAAAGACAUUUAUUCGUAAGUCCGACCUUAAUGGGCACAUGAGCGUUCACACUGGAGAGAAACCUUAUAAAUGUGAUCUGUGUGGAAAGACGUUCACUCGCAGUUUUGGUCUUAACCUGCACAUGAGAAAUCACACCGGAGAAACGUCUUAUAUAUGUGGCCAGUGUGGAAAGAGCUUUGAUAGUACACACCGUCUUAAUGUGCACAUGAGAAAUCACCCUGGAGAAAAGCCUUAAAGAGCCCCCUAUUAUGCUUUUCCUGUUUUUAUCCCAAAGUCCAUUCUAUUUGAACAGCAUUGUGGCUUAAUGGGUCGUACUGUUGCCUUACAACAAGAAGGUUUGAGCGCUGACUAAAUCCUGAGGGUUUUUUGUGUGAAGUUUUAAUGUUCUCCCUGUUUCAGCAUGGGUUUUCCUCAGGUACUUUAGUUUCAUCCCACUAUAGUCUGGAUUCACUUGCGUCUGGAUUCACUUGCGCCUGUAUUCACUUGCGCCUGUAUUCACUUGCGCGUGGAUUCACUUGCGCCUGGAUUCACUUGCGCCUGGAUUCACUUGCGCCUGGAUUCACUUGCGCCUGGAUUCACUUGCGCCUGGAUUCACUUGCGCCUGGAUUCACUUGCGCCUGGAUUCAUUUGUUUCAUAGAUUAACCGGUUCUUUCCAUGACUAUAAGAAUAGUUUCAGAGAUAAAGAGCACAGUUCAUACACAAGAAAAUCCCUAAGAUCGGACAAUGCUUAAAUGCCUCUGGGCGCAAUUGGAUAAACCUAAAACCAAUCAGAGCAGUGAAGGAGAUGACGUAUGCAGAGCUGUAUCAGACUUUUGCCGAAUCCAGUCAGUAAGACAGCGAUAACAUCUUUUUAGAUAUGAAGGCUUUGAGUGUUGUUCUUUGCUUGGGUUUUAACCAAAAAGAAAAGUUUAAAUCGCUUAAAAGGAUGCGAUAGCUGAUUCGAACGAGUGAUGUUUCACUGCUGCAUCCAUCUUUGUAAUGUUCAAAAUCUGCUUCACUGAUGUAAAGCCCGCCCCAACGUUUCUGAUUGGUGCCGCGAUUUUGACAGAUUAAAAAAAUCUAUAUAUGGGCUUGAAUAGCCACUUUCCCAGACUUUCUUGCAGAGCAAACGUAAAUUUGACGGAAGUUGUCUGGGUUUUCCCAGGCUAAUGUAAUCAUUCAGCAGAAACAAAAUGUUAAUUCAGCAAUGCUAAUAUUUUAUCAACAUAUUUGAUCAAAGUGCAGGGCAGUCAGGGGCUGAUGAAUAAGAGGUUUGUGCACUUGAGGAUUUGCCAAGGUUUCAAGGUAGAUUUUCAUAAGCUGUUAUGAAUUAUGUGAAAAUCUAUAUAUGUCACAUUGUAAAUGUAUUUAAGUUUUAUGUUCAUCCACAAUUUUAGAUGUUUUUGGUGUAAAAAUAAAUGAAAAAAAUCUGAAUUAUCUGUUCCUUCCUUUAAUUACUGUAUUUUUUUUUUUUGAAUGUUGUCGUCUUGUGUAAUGACUGCACCUUUCAAUUUUUAUUCAACCUUUCAAUGCCUACUUUCAAUGUAAGGCCACAUGAUGUGAUGAAAACAUGUAACAUUUGUAUGAUUUGUGGUGUUGUUUGUGACCACGGUCAGAUGGAAACUGAAUCUGAAUCUUAAUCUAAAUAUUAUCACUGAUGUCUGCUUAUCUGACUGUAAGUACUGCUUCACUUAAUGUUUAAGAUUUGUUUGUCUUUUUAGCGUGUUUCUCCUUAUUAGAUAAAAAAUGGCAUCACUAAACAUCUGAAUGUAAGCUCCUAAUAUAUAAUUAUGCAUGUAUUCACUUUCCGUGUGUAAUAAAAUAACUUGCACUCAAAUCAAAGAACAUUAAUUAUUAUUUUAAGGAUCCACGUCAGGUCCUGAUCACCCUGUUUACUAAUUACUGUAGACCACUUAAGCUGUUUGAUGUAUUUGAGUUCUUACCACUUUUGCAGGGGCGCGGGAAGUGGGGGUGCUGGGGGUGCUGCAGCACCCCCUGGUGGCAGAGAUUUAAAACUGCGAUGACAUUAAAAUUAUAUCUCACAAAUAUCUCUUGAUUUUGGUUUGUUUCUGUACAAAGACAUUUUGUAUGCCAUGUUGGGUGUGUGAUGAAGAGAGGGAUAAUUUUAGUAAUUUUAAAAUGAUUUAAUUUAUUUCAGUGUGUAUUAGCCAGAUUCUAUCAGAUUCUGUCUUGAUUGCAUUCAGCCGAUAUGCUGUAAUAGGCAUAAGCAUAACACACAAGCACGCACACUCACAGCGACAUACUGAACGCCGAAUGAGUUUAUCUAUCAGCUUCGCAAUGUCUCAAAAGAGAAUUUUGGAUUUUUUUUCAAUCACACAACGCAAAAUUCCCGAGGACUAGUUAUUAAGGUAUGUAUUGCUAAUACAUUUUUACAAUGAUUCGCAUUGAUUUACAAUGGUCGCACUAUAUAAAUAGCAUUUUAGUUUGCAUGCGUAAAAAGUGCAUGCAACAAUGAAACACAUAUAAAACGAACAAGAAUGAACUGUGGAGUGUGGUUGGCCUAUAUUAGAAGGUCUACUACUCUUAAAAUAAUUUAGCAUGGUUUUAGAAUAUAUUUUAAUCAAAAUAUGUUGGCCCAUUUUGAUAUUUUAAACAUAUUCCGAUGGAAAAAUGCGUCCAAGCUAAGCUAGGUUCAGUAAACGAUUUUCUAGUUCGUCAUCUUUUCAAAAAUAUUUAAAAAUAUAGCCAAAUUGUUUUGCGGUGUUUAACGCACUUGUAAAUGUUACAGAACAUGUGCUUUAUUGAAUGAAAGUGUAAACGGUUGAAUUAAAUUAUUAAAACGACGUAAAAGGAACUAAAUUAUAUAUGUACAAUAAGGAACAUGCAUGCGACAUUUAAAAGGUAUUUCAAAAAAAUUAUCUAAAUUAUUCCCAUGCAUCGAUUUUAAUGUUAAACGUCUAUAAAUUCAAAUGAAUCCAUUUGGAAUAUAUUCCGACAAUUUAGGACAUGAUUUUGGAAUUUUAAAGUCGAAAAAUAUCUUAUUUUUACACCGCAGGAGCCAUGGCAAAGUGAAACAAAACGUAAAGACACAAAUAUUACAUUUACGUGUAAAAUAGAAUUAAAUGAAACCCGUGAAUUGAAAGGACCACUAUAAUCGCCUUAACUCGAGUAAUGUCAAUAAAGUUAUUCUGUUA